AUUGCCUGAAGCCCUGCCAUCCUGGGGACCAUGUUUAACGGGGAGCCUGGUCCAGCCUCGGCUGGGGCCUCCAGGAAUGUGGUGAGGAGCUCCAGCAUCAGCGGUGAGAUCUGUGGAUCCCAGCAAGCCGGAGGCGGGGCCGGGACCACCACAGCCAAGAAACGGCGCAGCAGCCUGGGCGCCAAGAUGGUGGCUAUCGUCGGCUUGACCCAGUGGAGCAAAAGCACACUGCAGCUCCCCCAGCCUGAAGGGGCCACCAAGAAGCUGCGCAGCAACAUUCGACGGAGCACAGAGACGGGCAUUGCCGUGGAGAUGCGGAGCCGUGUAACCCGCCAGGGCAGCCGGGAGUCUACCGAUGGGAGCACCAACAGCAACAGCUCCGAGGGCACGUUUAUUUUCCCCACACGGCUUGGAGCUGAAAGCCAGUUCAGUGACUUUCUGGAUGGCCUGGGCCCAGCCCAGAUAGUGGGGCGACAGACACUGGCCACACCCCCCAUGGGAGAUGUGCACAUUGCCAUCAUGGACCGGAGUGGCCAGCUGGAGGUAGAAGUGAUUGAAGCUCGGGGCCUGACCCCCAAACCAGGCUCCAAAUCCCUCCCAGCCACCUAUAUCAAGGCUUACCUGCUGGAGAACGGGGCAUGUGUGGCCAAGAAAAAGACAAAGGUGGCCAAGAAGACUUGUGAUCCCUUGUACCAGCAAGCUUUGCUCUUUGAUGAGGGGCCCCAAGGCAAGGUUCUGCAGGUGAUCGUCUGGGGAGACUACGGCCGUAUGGACCACAAGUGCUUCAUGGGUAUGGCCCAGAUCAUGCUGGACGAGCUGGACCUGAGUGCUGUGGUCACUGGCUGGUACAAACUCUUCCCCACAUCCUCUGUGGCCGACUCCACACUUGGAUCCCUCACCAGGCGCCUGUCUCAGUCCUCCUUGGAGAGUGCCACCAGCCCCUCGUGCUCCUAAGGACCUCGAUGAGGACAAGAGGCCAGGGGCUAUUGGGGGAAGGGAGCCUGCUGGACCCACCACCCCCUGUACAUAGUCUCCAUGACCUUCUGGACCCCUUACCCUGCUGCAUGCCUGUGGCCACUGGGCUCGUCCCAGCUGGCAGUGGAGACUGUAGUGUGUGUCUGUGUGUCUCUCUCUGUGUAUGUGUGUGUGUAUGUGUGUGUGUGUCCAUAUAUCUGUCCAUUUGUCUGUGUACAAUCAGUCCUGGUGAUCUCAUGGACUAUAUAGUCCACAUCUCUGUAUCUUGCUGGAAAGAACCCAAAGGAGCAUCAUUCGGACACUUCUUGCCCAUGGAGUCUCCAGGGGUGGCAAUAGGGGAUGUGGCCACCGGUGGGCCUCGCUUAGUCCCUGCCUUGUUGUCUUAUGGUCUCCACUUGCUUUUCUGUCCUGUCUUUUUCUUUGCCUCUCCCAGCAUUGCUGCUCUUUUUUGAGGAAUGUAGCAUCCAUUGCGGCUGACCACACCUGGUUCCAUCUAGGAACCUAUGUCUCUCCUCCCUACCAUGGCCACGAUGGUGGUCAACCCAUUGAACGCACUCCACAGCAUGUAGCAUGCUCACUCAGUGCCCUAACCAGGGCCCCGGGAAGACAGAGAAGGGUGUCUGGGGAGGAGGAUGCUGGCCAGACACACUAGAGGAUGUGCUGGGACCUCUCCUCCCUGGAGUGUUCCAACAUACCAAAGGAGCUCCCCAGUGGACCCAGGAGGUUGAAAUAGCUGGCCUUCUCGGGCAUCAAGGGUGGCCCUGUCCCCUUCUGGGGUUAUUCCUGAGGGAACAUGGCGUGGUAAGAGGUGCCACAGAUACGGCUCCUUGCUGGAGGAAGGAGGGCUAAGGUUAAUUUGUUUUGAGCCACAGUCAGGAAUCCUGUCUUACCUGGGAUUAGCUGCAUGAAGCUGUUCUUUCAGGGUUCAGCUUUCUUUGCUCAUCUGUAGACACCAGACCCCAUCUGGAGUCCGGACACACCGGGGCUCCAGCCUCCUAGCUCUGUGGGCAGCCUGGCUCUGCAGUCAAGGGUGCCUCUGUCACCAGCUCUGUACCAGCAAUACUCACCCCUCCUCCACCUCCCUGACUUUCUUGAGUGGGUCCUGCUCCCCUAGGCAGUGGCCUGCUCUAGGCAUCUCAGCUGCCUCUGCUUUACUCCCCCUUCCCUUGUCUGGCUGGGGCUCCUACCAACCACUGAGAACACUGUUGGAGGGACUAGUGCCUGGGCCAGAUCCCAAGAUGGCCGUUGUGAAUACUGAAGGCUGGCUCUGGGCUGC